AUGAACUUUGGCAUCGGCCUCAACGAUGUCAUCGUCAUCACCAAGUUCGCGUGGGACCUGUACAAGGCGUGCCGCGAGUCGAGCGACGACUUCAAGCGCCUGUCGGCCGAGGUCGGCUCGCUGCACGUCGUGCUCCGGGAGACGGAGGACUACCUGCACGACCACCCGGAGCUCGACGCCGAGCGCCGCCGGCGCCUCGUCUUCCUGCUCGACGCCUGCCGCCUCACGCUCGACGACCUGCAGCGCCUGCUGCUCAACUACGAGUCCCUGGGCACGAACCAGCAGCGCACCUGGGACCGCAUGCGCUGGGGGCUCACCGACGUCAGCGACCUGCGCUCGCGGCUCAUCUCCAACGCGACGCUGCUGGGGGCGUUUACGAGCAGCUUGGCCAACUCCUCCACCACGCGCAUGGAGAAGCGCCUGGCCAAGUUCAUGACCGAGGUCCGGGCGGGGCUGCGCGAGGGCUCCGUCGUCACGGCGCCCGACGUGACCGAGACGAUCGACACGCCCGACGUCUGGGGCCAGCUGCGGCGCGAGCUCGAGGACGUGGGCAUCUCGCACGCCGUCAUCGACGAGAACCGCGAGUACAUCAAGGCGUGGUUCAAGACGGCGCUGCAGGACGGGCUCAUGGACGAGGACAACCCCGCCGCCGCCGCUGCUGCCGCCGCUGCUGCUACCGGCAACGACGAUAGUGGCCUGUUGAUGCCGACCCCUUCCUCGUCGUCGUCGAUGCCCAUGAUGAUGACGACGCCGGACGCGUCGGACCCGAGCUUCAGGGUCACGCCGCCGGCGCCGAGCGACUCGGGCUACGGCGGCAGCGUGCGCAUGGACAGCGUGUCGAGCAUGACGUCGGCCAACGGCGACUUUGAGACGGAGCUGCGGCGGCGGCACACGGACCGCGAGGUCGACGAGGCGCUGCGGUCGCUGUCGCUGUCGCCGUCGGCUACCACCACGUCGGCGUCGGCGUCGUCGUCGUCGGCGGCAGCAGCAGCGCGGAUGCCGCCCGGAGGAGGCGCGGUGGCGGUGCGGAAGAAGUCGUCGCCGGCGCGGAUGCUCAUGAAGUUCUUGCAAAAGGACGACGCCAUCAUCCAGGCCGCGAGCGACGGGGACAUCAAGAAGGUGGCGAGGCUGAUCAGCGUCGGGGUGGAUGUGAACGCCAAGGACCGAUGGGGAUGGUCUGCGCUGAGCAUGUGCGGCUACGGAGGGUACACGGACAUUGCGCGGCUGCUGCUCGAGCACGGCGCCGACCUGGACAACAUCGACGUCGACGGCGAGUCGCCCGAGGACCUGGCGCGCAACCGGGGCAACAGGGAGAUGGUGAUCCUGUUUGACGAGGAGAGGAAGGCGAGGGACCUCAGGGCGCGCGAGAUGGACGCCGAGAAGCCGAGAAAGGUCGGCUCCUGA